CUGGACAUGUCGUCUGUCUGCCCCGUUCACGCAUCAACCACCAACAUCCCGACACGAGCCGACCACCAUAUCUCGGUUGGACUCCAUCCUCAUCCCGGCUAACAUUGCGCUCCAUCAAAAGUCGAAAGACGGCAACCUGUACGGAGACCCGGGGAAACAGGGGAGGAGAUACGGGGUAGGCGCACCAUCGCCACCACUCGGACGGCUUCCUCACUGCCCAAGUCCAGACAGAUUUCGUUGAAUCGCUCUAGGUCAGACGGGCACGACUGGGUCAGAUUUUACCCCAACGAAUACCACAAAACACCCAACUAUCGGGGCCUCUGCUACGACGUUGGCGCAUACCAAGGCAGGACACGCGCAGUAUCUCGUAGGGCUAGUCUAGAGUAGCCGAAUUGUUGCCGCGGACAGCGACGCUUUGAUACGUCUGCGGUCGUUGGUGUUUCCACUCGACUCUUUCACAAGCCAGAACAUCGUCGACUCUAGCGGCGCCCAUAGGUUGUAGGGAAACCCCUAGUAGCAGCCCCAGCGAGCCCCUUCUGCCCCUAUUCGGUCAAGGCGGGAGCCCUGAAGGGCGUUCGGGCGACUUGUCCCGGCAGGGGUUGCAGUGCAUUGUUGCGGACCCGCUAAUUAACGGAAGCGACUUUUUCACUCGUUUCCCACUUUGCCUGUGGCCCUCGCUCGACUAGCCCUGGCUUCUCCGUGUGGUCCCAGCCAACGCUGUCGGCCCUGUCGCUCGUGAAAGACCGUCUUCCUCCCCCCAAGAUGGCCUCUUUCCAGCUGGGCCCGGUCUCCGCUCGAGUCCGGGUUUCCACGCUUUCUUCGACAGCUUUCGGGCGGUGUCCGACUUCCACGCGCUUCACCAGACUCGAAAUCCCGUUCUCUGCGUCGACACGGGCGCCCCCAGCCCACCAAAUGUUUGGCCGACGCUUCUUUUCCAACCACAUGCCAAAGCGGCCCAGGAUGCAGUGGCACCCCAUACCCAUUGGCCUGGGCAUCGGCCUUCUAGGCGUCAUGCAGUUCUACAAAGUCUACACGAGAGACCGGGACGAAAAACGCCAGGCUGCCGUCGAAGGCUCCGAGCCUGGCCAAGCCGGCAAGCCCAAGAAGCGGCGCCGCAUCCGGCCGGACGGCCCUUGGCAGGUUCAGGUCAUGUCGACUCUUCCUCUCAAGGCCAUGUCCCGUCUUUGGGGCAAGUUCAACGAAUUGACCAUCCCCUACUAUCUCAGAGCUCCCGGUUUCCGUCUAUAUGCAUACUUCUUUGGUGUCAAUCUCGAUGAAGUCGAAGAACAAGACCUCCACAAGUUCCCCAACCUCGCCGCUUUCUUCUACCGCACUCUCAAGCCCGGUGUCCGCCCCGUGGAUCCCAACCACAAUGCCCUGGUUUCGCCGUCCGAUGGUCGAAUACUCCAGUUUGGGCGAAUAGAAGGAGGCGAUAUCGAACAGGUCAAGGGUAUGACUUAUACUAUCGAUGCGCUCCUCGGCCAGAACUCUCCAACUCCCAGCAUCUCCGGUACGACGCUCCUCGACGAAAGCACCAAGGCGAAAUCGGUCAAUGGAGACUUUGAGGGCGACGAGGAAUUGGUCAAGAAGGACGAAGAAUUUGCCCGCGUCAACGGUAUCUCUUACACUCUCCCGGAUCUUCUCUCUGGUUCCAAGAAGCAUGACAAGCUGUUCAAGCCCAAGGAUGAGUCUGUCACCCCUUCCAAGACUUCCGAGACUGAGGUGAGCGCCGAGCUUGCGCUUGGUGAGAAGCCCUGGUACGACGUUCUCUCGGGUGGCGAGCGCCACACUCUCUACUAUGCUGUCAUCUAUCUGGCUCCUGGCGACUAUCAUCGGUUCCAUUCCCCCACGGAGUGGGUUGUCGAGCGCAGACGUCACUUUGCCGGCGAGCUCUUCAGCGUGUCCCCUUACCUACAGCGCACCCUCCCUGGUCUCUUCACCCUGAACGAGCGUGUCGUCCUCCUCGGCAGAUGGCGUUGGGGCUUCUUCGGCUACGUCCCUGUCGGUGCGACCAAUGUCGGCUCUAUCAAGAUCAACUUCGAUCGCGAACUUCGGACCAACAGCUUGACGACCGAUACCGCUGCUGAUCGGGCUGCGGAGCUUGCGGCGGCCAAGGGCGAGCCUUACCUGGGAUAUGCUGAGGCCACCUACGAAGCUGCCAGCCCGGUCCUGAAGGGUCAUGCUUUGCGCAGAGGUGAGGAGAUGGGUGGCUUCCAGCUUGGCAGCACCAUCGUCCUUGUCUUUGAGGCGCCCGUUGCCGAGCACGACGAGUCCGGCAAGGUCACCAAGGGAUGGACCUGGGACGUCGAGAAGGGGCGGAAGAUCAAGAUGGGACAGACCUUGGGUCAUGUUGCGCUCUAAUUUGAGCACAUAAAAGAACCCUUAGUACAGUGGGAGGCGUUUGAAGGGACGGAAUGAUUGAAAACUAGACAAGACUAAGGUGGUGUAUUCGGGUUUCGGAUCUCUUCAACAUGUAUCCUUUGACUUUAUGCUCUUUAUAUGAUACCCCUUCCCGGGUAGCAAUAUCUACGUUGCACUCUGUUUCUCAUUUUCUUUUCAUAGGUAUAUAUCUUUCAAGAUUGAAAGCAUCAAAAAAGUAUUCAUAGCAUGUGGUUGGGAUCUGAAAAGGGCAGAUGGAUGGACGGGCGCUUAUACAUAGCUGGGAAAACGAAAUAUCUGUACCAAACAUACACCUCGUGCAACUGUAUCUUCAAGAACAUCAUGAUGAUGCUGCGUUCCAUCACAUAGAGGAGUCGUCGUAUAAAAGUGAAUAAACAUGGGC